UGUGUCGGGGGGUGGUGGGAUCGGUAGGGUCGCAAUUUCCCAGGCUCUCCGGAGAAAACUCGGGCAGGGGAGAGCUCCUUCUCGCUCAUGGAUGCGUGGGGGGGCCCCGCGCCCCGCUGGAUCCGCCGCCGCGGGGCCCGGCUGCUGCUGCUGCUGCUGACCGUGCGCCUGGGCAGCGGAGCUGAUAAAGCAGAUGAUGAGGAUGAUGAAGAUCUAAUGGUGAAUAAAACAUGGGUCCUUGCACCAAAGAUUCAUGGUGGUGAUGUAACUCACAUCCUGGACUCCUUACUUCAAGGAUAUGACAAUAAGCUUCGGCCAGAUAUUGGGGUGAGAACUACGGUGAUUGAAACAGAUGUCUAUGUUAACAGCAUUGGUCCAGUUGACCCAAUCAAUAUGGAAUACACUAUAGAUAUAAUUUUUGCCCAGACUUGGUAUGACAGUCGUCUAAAAUUUAACAGCUCAAUGAAGGUGCUUAUGCUUAAUAGCAAUAUGGUUGGAAAAAUCUGGAUUCCAGACACUUUCUUCCGGAACUCAAGGAAAUCUGAUGCUCACUGGAUUACAACUCCAAACCGUUUGCUUCGAAUCUGGAGCGAUGGAAGAGUAUUGUACACUCUAAGGUUGACAAUUAAUGCUGAAUGUUAUCUUCAGCUUCAUAAUUUUCCUAUGGAUGAACAUUCUUGUCCUCUGGAGUUUUCAAGCUAUGGAUAUCCCAGGAAUGAAAUUGAAUACAAAUGGAAGAAAACCUCUGUUGAAGUGGCAGAUCCAAAAUACUGGAGAUUGUAUCAGUUUGCAUUUGUAGGGCUACGAAAUACAACUGAAAUUUCUCAUACCUUGUCUGGUGAUUAUAUUAUUAUGACAAUAUUCUUUGAUCUCAGCAGACGUAUGGGAUAUUUUACUAUUCAGACAUACAUUCCUUGUAUACUCACAGUUGUUCUUUCAUGGGUGUCAUUUUGGAUCAAUAAGGAUGCAGUUCCUGCAAGGACUUCUCUGGGGAUCACAACUGUGCUGACCAUGACAACACUGAGUACAAUUGCUAGGAAGUCACUCCCAAAAGUUUCCUAUGUGACAGCAAUGGACCUUUUUGUUUCAGUUUGCUUUAUUUUUGUGUUUGCUGCCUUGAUGGAAUAUGGCACCUUACAUUACUUUACCAGCAACAGAAAAGGGGUCAAAGGAAAAGAAAAGAAGGCAAAAUCAAAGCCAUCAAAACCACCUGCAAUUGCUGUUCGACCUGGAUCAACACUAAUUCCAAUGAAUAGCAUUAAUCAUCUCCCUGAACGUGAUGAUGAUUAUGGAUAUGAGUGCCUAGAAGGAAAAGACUGUGCCAGUUUCUUCUGUUGUUUUGAAGACUGCCGCACAGGAUCUUGGCGAGAAGGAAGAAUACACAUCCGGAUAGCAAAAAUUGACUCCUAUUCUCGAAUCUUCUUUCCAACUGCCUUUGCAUUGUUCAACCUUGUUUACUGGAUUGGAUAUCUUUAUCUGUAAAUUUCAGAGGUUUGACAAACUCAGAAAAAAAAUAUUAAUUGAAUAGUCAUUAAUACUUUUAACUGAGCAAAGGUUAGAGCUGGUCCAAAAUGACUCAAAUUGUUUGUAUGCUUUAAAAAUUUGAAACAAUGAAAGGAAAUAUGAUGAUGUAGUCUCCCUCUUGUGAUCAACUCUAGAACUGAUACUGCUAUUUUGAAGAGAACAUUUUGAAAUAAAUAUCCCUAAGUUUUCUCUUUCCUUAACACACAUGCAUACAUUUUUUUUUCCAGCUCUAAGAAAAUGCAGAAUCACAGGCUAUGCUAUUUAACUGAACCAACCUACAUAAGCUCUCAGUUUUAAUCCUAGAUGACAAUGCAGAAGGAUUUUGUAGCAUUUCUUACACCUUUGCAAAUAAAGCCUUAAUUAAAUGGGAUUAGUUACUCUCAUCCAUUUCAUCCAUAAGGUGAUGAUUUUGUUAAUCCCUGAUUUUAAAAAGUUGAAAUGUAACAUUUCUCUUUUCAAUCAGCCAUUUUUUCUCUCCAGUAUGUUAAAAAGUGUGAUUAGAUGAUAAUUAAUCAAUUCAGAUUUAUACAGAAUGCAGAUAUAAGAUCAGCAAGGAAUGGAUUUAUCAAAACACCCAAGGAUAAUUCUGAGCUUGUCUUAUCCUGACCAUGGAUAGAGACUUUUGGCUUUCAACCUUAGAUUACAUUUAUAUCUGUAAUCCAUUUCCUGUUACUUCAUUGUCUUGAGUUCCCCAAAGUUGUCCAAGAGGUCUAUAAUUUUCAGAAAUUCUUAUCCAGCUGCCAUUCCCUGCUCAUUUCAUGGAAAGCAGACUGGUGUUGGCCCAGAUUCUGGCCAUUAAGCAUAAUGAUCUUCACAUACUCAGUGUUGGAGAAAAAGUCAUAACUCUACAAUUGGAAGAAUUUGUAUCAGCAGAAUUUGGAAGUGCUGUAGCCAUUGUACUCAAAGUCACUGUGUUAAAUCCCCAGUUCUAAGAGUGCAGUGUGUGAUCUGGUCCCCUUUGCACUCAGUGUGGUUUUGUAGAUCUGGUUUGUUACUGCACAUGCUGCUCACUGAGCCAAAGCCAAGUGGUAUGAAUGUAUUGAAUGUGUGGAGUGGGUUGCUGGGUAAUCACCUUCGUGAUAUUUGUUAGUUUCUAAUGGAAAAGAUGUGUUAUGGAGGGAGGGGUGGGGGUUAAAAUAAUCCUUAUUCAUUGCUGAACCUUCUCCAAGAUGGGAUAGAUCCCCCCAAAAUCAUAGGACCAGCUUCCCAUCCUUUCCAUGGUAGAGCUUUGGUAGAAAUCCUUCAGUAGUAGUCAUUCUGGACUGACCUCUUGGUAUUGACUAUUGCUGCCUGGCAGCAUUUGGUAUCCAAUUUCUAUUUCUAAAACCAUUGUCUUCAUUAUAGAAAAGUGUAGUAUUUCCUCCUUUCUUAAAGACAAAUUGGUCUCAAGUGAGUUUGCAAAAAUCGCUGUAAAAUUAAGAUAUGCAUUAAGUAAAAGUCAGCAUUACACAGAAGACCUUACAGAUCUUUAAAGAGGAUUAAUGGGAUUAGUAUUUGGCUGUAGGUAAGGAUGUUAAGUGCUAAAGAUAAAGACAUGAUUAGUAGCUAAGAAUAGAAAAUGUUCCAUUAAGGGGUCCCCCUCUUCCCCCCAAUAUUUCUGUUGAAUAUGCUCCCUCCUCUGUAUUUCUCAGAAGGGAUUACUGUAUUUAUAGUCUAAUUGGUACCAGGCAUAGUAAGAUAUGAUAAACAAUACACUUUUCAGAGGAAAUGUUAUUCCAGUGUUCAACCCCAAAGUUUAAUAGAGAGUGCGAGAUUAUGUGCAGUUGUUGUGGAAGGAGGUGUGACAAAAGAUCCAGCUUUAAUGAAAACUUUAUUCCAGUAUUUAGCUGAUGAAAUGUAGGAGUGGUUGAGAGAAUCUGAAAGCCCUGAUGAUGAGGUUGGCUGGCAUUAUUUGUGGUAUGACAUUUCUGAGUACCGGCUCUCCUGACUGUUGGACUGAGUGUAGAAGUGCGGCAUCAUUAAUGGCACUGAUCUGCUCUAAUUUAUUGAGCAGGUUUUUUUAGAGUCUAAUUUUCAUUAAAUGUUCAGUCCAAAAGAAACAUGUCAGUUUUUAUUCCAUAAUGUAGGUUGAUGCUUUUUGACAGCAUGCUGAACACUUUCCUCUGUAGGAGGGAUGAAGGUGGCUUCAGCAGUAUGUUGGAUGUGUGCUUGAAAAGCAGUCAGCUUGCUGUACAACGCAAGGCCCAGAUUUAGUGAGUUCCUGAGGUUCAUUAAUUCACCUUUAAACUAAGGAAACUUAAAAGAACUUGGCACUUCACUAGAGGAAAUACAAAUUUCACAGCCUGCUCUCCUCUGGCUCAUCUAGUUAGCUUUUUCUAUUCAUGUGGUUGUCAGUUGCCAAUCAGCCUCCAGUGACUGAAUUGGAGAACUGAAAACAUUCAGAAUUGGCAAGGGAUGCAUAAGAAGUCUUUCAUCUCUAAUUUCUAUGGAACAAUGUAGUGGAGUAUUAAACCUAUUGAGUGUUAUGGCUGUUUGGCUUAUGGCUACACUUGCUUCUGUCUGUUGACAAACUAUUCUGUGUACUUCAUUUGUUUCUGAUGAAAUAAUUUUAGUUUCUCAUAGUACUGUGAGUGCAAAUAGGAAUGAGAAUGCAGUGAACUGUUACAUGGCAUGUAAUAAAUGUGUUAUUUUAGUCCUAUGCAUUUCUUUCUAAUCUGCAUGUAAGCACUUGAUUCCAAGAAACCUUAAGUGAUACUUUAAAAAAAUAGCAAGAAACAGACAGUAUAAUUAAUUGGAGUUAGGUGCUGCAAUCAUUUUUCAAACUUACCUGGAUAAAAAAUUUGUUUACUCUUAGCUGGGAUCAUAUUUUUUGGGAGUCAUAUUAUUCUGACCAUUACUGCAUAAGCACACACUUAAACAUAUUCCUAAUUAGUACUGUUAUUAGACCAGAAUUCAGAAAAGGGAGUUCUUAUGUACUGUCAUAAAGAGUGAUGCUAUCACGAAUUGAUGCCGUUAACACAUGCUUAAUUUGCACUAAUUUCAAUAAUGAGUGUUCAGUAGCUCAAAUAAUUGAACAUUAAGGAUGUGAACCAGAGCCUUUUCAGUAGGAGAUUUUCUCAUUGAAAAAGAGGGACAUAAGAGGAGAAUUUGCUGUAAAGGCAGAGGGGGGAAAAAGUCUGGGAAAACUGUUUUAUACUGCACCUAUCUUUGGCAUAUCCUGAAAUGUAUUUCUCAAAAAAGAGACUUUUCCUUGAUAUUUCUGUAUUAGUGUUUACCAGUUUUCUGUUUUAGUGGUGAGUACAGUUCAGUGUGUUAUUUUUUAGUAAGGUUCUGUCUAUGAUUGUAGCUCACUGAACUUCAGUGCAUGUCUUCUGUGUCUGAAUAAAUCUGUUUUAUGUAGUGGCAGUGCAACCAAAGCAUGAACUCUGGGUAACGUAUUUUGUAUUCACACGUUGAUGUGCUUCAAAGACUUUAACCUUAUCCAGUUUUCUGGCAUUCAGAGAUAUAGGAUUGUGUUAGACUUUGAAGGAGAGUCACCUCCAACAGUAUUUUUAAAACUUUCUGUUCUUUAUUUGGUAUGGUAGUAAAACAUUUGUUUAAAAUUGGUAUAUGAAUUGUGCUUUGUAAUUUGUGAACACCUUACAAUCAAAAGAGAACAGGAGGAGUCUGGAUUUAAAUAUCUAUCUGCCUAAAGGAAGAUAUGUUUCAUUUAAUUGUAUCAGUCAUAAUUUCUGUCUGCUGUUUCCAAAUAGCUGAGAACUAGUGCAAAUACAUUUUUCUGUUACUAUAAUUAUUUUGGAAAAAUUCAUUGUAGUUUCUCUCAGUUAUAACUUAAAUAUGAUCUUUCAUGUUUAUGAAAUAAUUCGAUAUUUUUAGUCAUUAUAAUAGAUACAGAAGAUAGAAACUAAUAUACAAUUCCACAGCUGAAAAAUCCAAAGCCAGGAAUCAGAAUUACUGUGCUUCUCUUCCUAAAAAAGCUCAGUGGAUGUCCACAUGCCUCAUGAAUGCACUGGAGGGGGAGGCUGACUCACAGGGAGUGGUAGAAUAGUCUCCAGACUGUAGAAAAGACUUUUGCAUUGGUUCAUGCCAUGAAUUUGCUACAAAAGUGGUUCAAAUGAAGGAAAGGAAUGGAUCUGUCCUCCUUUUUUCAUUGAUCUCUUAUUUCUGCCUCAUUUCAGUCACCAACAGCAGUUCAAAUGCUCUGUUUGCUGCCAGAUGAAACAAAAUCAGAAAAAUUGUCUUUAUUUUACUCUUAGUUGGUUAAUAUUUCACACAGAUGGGUGGGAUCAUCUGACUGAACACACAAGAUUAUGACCAAGUUUUUCUCCAAGACAGGUGGUGGGAGUUUGCAGCUGGAGGCUGAAGGAUGGCUUGUUGUGAUGGGCAUUUUUCAUUCAGUUGCGAAUCUGCACUGAAAACUGGUGGGAGGAGAGGAAACAAUGAUAUGAGGGAAAGAUUGAUGGUGGCAGUAAUCCCAGAAUCAAGUUACAUGGAUCUGAGUGACUUAUAUUUAGUUCAUAGGUUUCUCACUGGUAUUCGUGAUAAUUCCCUUGAUUUCUCUGCAUCAUAAUGAAAUAUUUCUAAUGUUUUAAAUAAAAAGGAAAAUACUGUGUAUUUCCUAUGCAUUAACUACUGACUGAACAGGCAAUAGAAAAUUAUCUUAAGUUAACAUUCUGGUGAAAUAUUGAACAGAAAACAGAGAUCAGGUUAAAUGAGAAAAAACUUUUUUAAUUCUCCAUUUAUCAUUGGAGAUAAAACCAUGUUUAAAAUUACUGAGCAUUAAUUAAUGCAGUAGGCACUGGGAAGGGCCUAGUACCCAGUCUAAACUGCUGCUAGUCCCCUCAAGGGCUAAAACAUUUGGGAAUAGAAACCUGACUCAGACUGUGCUCAGUUAUCAUCCCCUAUUUCCAUCAGGAAGUGAGAAAGAUGAAUUGUGAUUAUGCCAGACAUGAACUAGGAUGGCUGGGGUGCUCCAGGGAGGUUGGUUUCUGGUUAAAAGGAAGGGUCAUUUCUGCCUCAGACUGUAAUUUGAAACAUUCUUCCCUCAGAAGAUGCAUCUGUGCUGUGACAUCCAUGAUGAUGGAAAAGCAUCCCUGCAUUUAAUGUUUAUCUUUGCACAAGAGCAGUUUCACUGAAUUGACUGUCCUGCUGUGAGGCACUGAGAUAUUCCCUGUGUGCUAUAGAAGAGUUUUGGUGGCACUCCUGGGCAAAAUGUUUAAAUCUUGUCAUGGCGAUCAGUCACAGUUGUCUUUUGGAUGUUAUGAUGCCUGUGAAAAGGCAGUAAAUGAACUUUUGAUUUUACUUACUAGUAGAACUCACUGAAAAAGCCAGAGGGGUAAUGAAGGCUUUAGCAGGAAUCUCAGAUGGCCCUUGGAGAGAGGAGAUUGGCUAAAACUGAAGCAGACCAAAUGAUAUAGCCCUUUUUACCAUUGAUGGGUCCAGUUCACUAGUAAUGUGUUGAUUCUGAAAAAACUGUGAAAGCUUCAUGGUAUUUUAAGGGGUAAAAAAAAAUCUGUAAAAUUCUUAUUCCCCUUCUCAGUGAGUAAUCUUGCUCUGCCUGCAGAUUGUGCUUAUAGGACAUCAACCUCACUUAGGCUGUGCGAGGAGAGCCAUGGGGGAUGUAAGACAGAAGACCUGUAAACUGUUCUACCUUUCUCAGCUCCUUUUCUUAGUCAAGAAAAGAGGUUCAGAAGGGUAGGCGUAUGGCAUGUGCAAAUGACAAUUUUUCUACUGACAACAGGGCCUGGGUCCCACUGACAGGAUCAAGAGGGAUGAGACUGCUCACAGUAAUAAGGCUUCUCUUUUGUAAUUCUUUGUAGUAGCUGCUUUUCCAUGCAUCACUGCAGGCCUACCUGAGAUUCAAAAUAUUGUUCAGGUUGGAAGUAAUUCUUUUAUGUAUUUCUGGCUUCAUACAAUGUCUUUAUCAUCAGGGUUUGAGCAUUGUUGAAUUCAAAAGGAAAGAUUUCCUUCUGAAGUUUCCUUGUCCCGGCAUUGCAGAUUGGAAAUAGCUUCCUGCCAAACACUGGAAAAGUGAUUUUCAGUUGAUGCUGCUAAGGAGGCAGACUGGUUCUCAGGGGUGGCAUUAGAAUUCCUAUGUCAUUUAGACAGGAGAAUGUUGAAGGCUGUUAAAAGCAAUGACCAGUGCUGCCUCCACAGAGGAUGUAUUACUUUUGCCAAUUUGAUAUUUAAAAACAAAAUCUAAAACUGUUACCGUGGGUGGGAAAUGAGGAUGAGUCAUCAUUUUACUACAGAUAUCUAUUCCCUUUGAAAUGUUUUCUUCCUUAGGAAGAUAGUUUAUAGGAGUCCUUUGGCUUGUGAAAUAUUCAGAAAAAAGGUGAUGGUCUCCUUAAAGUCAUGUUAGUCCAUCUGCCCAAUGAUGGCCUAAGAGCAGUGGAAUUGAAUAGUUCAGAUUUUCCAAGAAGGAUAAAUAUGGAAAUUUGCAUAUUCGUAGGCUCAGUAUUAAUAUAUAAUCUAUGUUCACACUUCAGUCACUGAAAAAACUCUUAAUGGUUUGUGCAUAUUCAGAGUAUCUUUUGUAUUUCCCACUGUUGGCCACUACAAACACUUGGACUCUUUGUCGGAACAUGAAGAGUUGUGUUAUGAUAUUUUUGAUUACAGCUUAAAUUGCUAUAGAAUAUACUUAAAAAUCUGGUAAUGUCAUAGUGAUUCCUAUAUUUAAAAAAUUGAAUAUUUUUACUUAAUUUAAUUAAGCAUAAUAUUGCUAUAUUUUAUAUUUCCCUACAUUAAAGUUUUAUAAACAAUUGCAAUUUAUGGUCUGAACACUAAAGUUACAGAAAUAUCUUUGAAAAAUAACACUUGUUGAUUUAUGAUUUGUCUCAGUAUUUGUUAUAUUGAGGGCCCAGUAUUCAAAAGCACCCUUAAUCCAAAUCUCUGUCUGACAUCUAUAGUUCAGAUAAUGUUUCAGUUACUCUGACUUUGCUUCUUACUAAUACAUCCCUGUUUUUAAUUCAAUGUUUAAAAAAAUCCUAAUAUUUUUAACUACCUAGGGGAAUAUUUAUACUAUGCAUUUAAUUUGAUAGAGUUUUGGCACCAAUGGACAAUGUUGCAAUAUUAUGCAUCAGUGUUCCUUUUAAAGUUAUUUAUUAAUGCCCUUGUGGAUAACUUAAUAUGGAAUAUAAGAUAAAUGUUGUAACUCUCUGUGCUGCUUCUAAGGUUUAUAUAUAAAGUACAUGAUACUGAAGCAAAUUUAUUAUUACAUUUCAGUUUUCCUUCAAAAAACAUCCUCAGUUGGGGUAUUAUUCUUCUUCUUCUUAUUAUUAUUAUUAUCCUGAUAUUUACAGUUCUGCUUAGUUCUUUGGUACUUUUCUAAUUGUCUUGAAUGUAUUCAUCCAUUAUUAAAUUCAAUUACCUGGAAACAUCAAGGUAUGCUCACAGUCUUUCAAUGUGAUUAAGCCAUGACUUCUUCAGCCUCUCUUAAAAUGCCAUAAUUUUUUGUGUGUAAUACCAAAACUAAAGCAUUUUCAGGUAUUAAAUUGAGUUUUACUUGCUUCUCAGUUUUGAAAAAGUCUGUCUGCUGGGUUAUAAUGAAACACUGAUAACAUCAUUUUUAUAUUUGACAACAUUAUUAUAUGAUCAUGGCUGAACCAGAAGACUUCAGAGUUGAUAAAAAGAUGAUUCUCUUGGCUAAAUCCCAUUAACAGCUACAAUGAUGGGUGUUAUAGAAAUUAUAAUGGCAGUGGCAACAACAUAUAUAUAUAUAUA